UUUCGCCUGUCAUUUGUCAAGAGAAAAUAACCUUGAUCACUUGCGAAGCGAAUUUGUGAAGAAAACAAACAAGAAAUGGCGUUAAUUCCAAAUCUUUUCGGCGAGAGGACGGCGGACAGAGGCUUCUACAGACCGAUCAACCAAAUUGUGCCACAUGAUUACUUCAAGCCAUUCGAAAAUAUGUUCAGACAAAUGGAGCAACUCUCAUCUAUCAUGAACAACAUUGCUAUGAAGGGAAAGAACGAAGCGGAUUACGAAAAAUUCCAAGUCAACGUGGACGUCCAGCACUUUACCCCGGAAGAAAUCGGUGUGACAGUUGUUGACGGAUUUGUAACAGUGGAGUGUAAACAUGAAGAGAGGAGAGAUGAGCACGGUUAUGUUUCCAGACAGUUCGUAAGGAAGUACAAGUUGCCCGAAGGUUGUUUACCAGACACAGUUGAGUCCAGCCUUUCGUCAGAUGGAGUGCUUACAGUGACCGCGCCAAAAGUUCUACCUAUGCCGUCGAUUGGGGAAAGGAUCGUGCCAAUUAUCAAGACUGGACCGGUCAAGAAGCAGAUUGAGCAGUAAUUGUUAUUUUUUAUUAUAUUCUCGUGUAUAUAUUUCAAUUGCUAUUUUUAUAAUCCAUUGCAAUAUAAAAUUCAAUUGUGUUCAAGAUACAAUUUGUAUUUUCUUGUAAAAUUUAAAGUGAACCUAUCUACUAUCUGUGUAUUGUGAUUCCGGUUUUUUUUCUAGUUAUGUAAAGACUGAAUAUCUGCCUAGUUUUUUUUAUUAAUUAUUAAGUAAGUAAUUAAUGUUUAUAAAAUCGAUGUAUUAUAAUUUAUAAUAUAGCUACCUAAUUGCUACUAGAUUUAAAUAAGUACAUACUUAAAUAAAAGUAAUUCAAAUUUUAAA